AUGCCUCCAGGUGACGGCAUCGUCGAAAUCCCAAACGAACACACCUACGAUCUGCCUCCUAGCUUGCCCGCAUCCAACAGCCCAAACACGAGCAAGGUGUACGGCAUCAGCAUGUUCCACCAGCUGCACUGUCUCAACUUUAUCCGGUAUGCCUACGAGCCGGAUUCCAUUAAGGACCAUCCCGCCGACGAGGUCGUCUACCACCGGGACCACUGCAUCGACUACAUCCGCCAGGCCAUCCUGUGUGCUGGCGAUGUGACUUUUGAUCCACUCACGGAGGUUGGCAUCAACGGCAUUGGAGCAACGCAUGUGUCGCAGCUAUGA